CAUGAAGGUAUUCUUAAAAAUGUAUUCACCACCGAAGUAACUAGAGCCGGCACGAGUUGCUUGUGAAAGUCUGCUUCGCCGAGGACAUAGAGUUGUUUCCCAUUGCAGAUCCAGCCUCGGCGUCGGCGAGCCAAGAUGUACAUGGCCUACGGAUGGCCGCAGGUCAUAGCGGUCAGUAACGGCGUACGCUCCUCCGACGCCGGUGGCAUAGUCGACGAUAGAAUCAUAUAUCUAAAGAUCAUCAACCGCCUUCUUCUCCUUGUCACGCCCACUCAUCUUCAGUUAUGGAGCUGCUCACAGCACAAGGUGAGAAUUGGGAAGUACGUGAGAGACGGCGAUUCGGUUCAGCGGGAAGGAGAAAAUUUGCAGGCCAUUUGGAGCCCCGAUACCAAAACCAUCGCCGUACUAACAUCUUCGGCAUUCUUCCAUAUCUACAAGGUCCAAUUUUCUGGGAAGAGAUUACUAAUUGGGGGCAAACAACCCAGCGGUUUGUUUCUUGCUAACAUAUCUCUAGUCAUAACCGAGAAGGCCCCAUUUUCAGAGAAAAACUGGACCACGAGCAAUUUUGUCUGUGAUAACAAAAGCAUUCUCAUUGGACUUUCUAAUGGACAUUUACAACUUGUCACUUGGAAUGCAGAGUUCUCUAGUUACUUUGAAGUUUGCAGCCAUGCUUGCAGUCCCAACACUUUAGAUGCAACAUUUCAUUCAUUAGCAAACAUAUCCUCUGGUAGGAAUAGAAAUGCUUGUAUUCCAUUGUCGGUUCCCAAUUCUACUGGAAAUUCCGCGAUUAUGCAGCUCGAACUAUCAUUGCCACUGAGGCUGCUAGUUGUUUUGAAUUCACAUGGCCAGGUUACUGUAUGUUCAGUAAGCAAAAAGGGUUUAAAGCAAACUGAUUCUAUUAAAGCUGAAUGGUGGUUAAACACUGAUGAUGUCAUGUGUGCUUCUAUUGCUUCAGAGCAACAAAUUCUUGCUGUUGGUUGUAGUAGGGGUGUAGUGGAGCUAUAUGAUCUGGCAGAUAGCAUAUCUUUUCUUCGCACCGUGUCUUUGUAUGACUGGGGGUAUUCAAUGGAGGAUACAGGUCCCGUUACCUGUAUUAACUGGACGCCUGAUAAUUAUGCUUUUGCCGUGGGAUGGAAGUUUAGAGGACUUGCUGUGUGGUCUGUAUCUGGAUGUCGGUUGAUGUGCACAAUUCGUCAAACAGGGGUAAUCUCUUCUCAGUCACCUAUGGUGAAAACUAACCAGGAAGUAAGAAGUGAACCUCUUAUGGGUGGAACAGCACUAUUGCAUUGGGAUGAAUAUGGGUACAAGCUUUAUGCUGUUGAGGAGAGUUCAUCGGAUAAAAUUCUUGCAUUUUCAUUUGGUAAAUAUUGCCUUAACAGAGGACUUUCCGGCACAACGUACAUCCGGCAAAUUUUGUAUGGUGAAGAUCGGGUUCUUAUUGUGCAAUCUGAUGAUAAUGAUGAACUAAAAAUAUUGCAUCUAAAUCUUCCAGUAUCCUAUAUUUCUCAAAAUUGGCCUGUUCUACAUGUGGUUGCUAGCAAAGAUGGCAUGUACUUGGCAGUUGCUGGUCUUCAUGGCCUCAUCCUUUAUGACUUGCGGCACAAAAGAUGGCGUUUCUUUGGAGACGUUACCCAGGAGCAAAAAAUUGAGUGUAAAGGUCUCCUGUGGAUGGGGAAAAUUAUUAUAUUAUGCAACUUCAUUGAUUCAUCCAACACGUAUGAACUCCUAUUUUUCCCAAGAUAUCAUCUUGACCAGAGCUCCUUACUUUGUCGGAAGCCAUUACUUGGAAAACCAAUUAUCAUGGAUGCUUUCCAAGAUUAUAUACUCAUUACAUAUCGUCCAUUUGAUGUUCACAUGUUCCAUGUAAAGAUCUCAGGAGAGUUAUCUCCUACUAGCACACCAUAUUUGCAGCUUUCCACAGUGCGGGAACUUUCAAUUAUGACUGCAAAGAGCCAUCCAGCAUCCAUGCGAUUCAUACCCGAUCUUACAAUUGGAGGAAAGUUGAAGGACAGUUUGUCAUCUUCAAAUAUCUUAGGCCAUCAGCCUUCACGAUGCUUAAUACUGAGGACUAAUGGGGAGCUUUCAUUACUUGAUUUGGAUGAUGGGCAUGAACAAGUACUAACAAAUUCAGUUGAGCUGUUUUGGGUCACUUGCGGUCAUUCAGAAGAGAAAGAAAAUCUAAUUGAGGAAGUCUCUUGGCUAGACUAUGGUCACCGAGGUAUGCAGGUUUGGUAUCCAUCUCCUGGAGCUGAUCCAUUUAAACAGGAGGAUUUUUUUCAGCUGGAUCCCGAGCUUGAAUUUGAUCGUGAAGUAUAUCCUCUGGGGCUUCUUCCAAAUGCUGGCAUCAUUGUCGGUGUUUCUCAAAGAAUGUCAUUUACCUCAGGCAGUGAGUUUCCAUGUUAUGAGCCAUGUCCUCAAGCUCAAACAAUUCUACAUUGUUUACUCCGGCAUCUUCUUCAGAGGGAUAAAAGUGAAGAAGCUUUAAGGUUGGCAUAUUUAUCAGCAGAAAAGCGUCAUUUUUCCCAUUGUCUGGAAUGGCUUCUUUUUACUGUAUUUGAUGCUGAAAUUUCGAGGCAAAGUUCAAACAAGACUCAUUUGUCCGCGUCUAGUAAACCUUCAAGCUGCUCACUUUUGGAGAAGACAUGCGAUUUGAUUAAAAAUUUUCCAGAAUAUCUAGAUGUGGUUGUUAGUGUUGCUAGGAAGACUGAUGGGCGUCAUUGGGCUGAUCUAUUUACUGCCGCUGGAAGAUCAACCGAGUUGUUUGAAGAAUGUUUCCAGAGAAGAUGGUAUAGGACUGCCGCUUGCUAUAUAUUGGUCAUUGCUAAACUUGAAGGUCCUGCAGUUAGUCAGUACUGUGCUCUUCGCUUGUUACAAGCAACUCUGGAUGAAUCUUUGUAUGAGCUUGCCGGGGAACUGGUUCAAUUCCUGCUAAGAUCUGGCAGAGAGUAUGAAAGUUCCACUUCUGAUGCCGAUAAAUCUCCUAGAUUUUUAGGUUACUUCCUAUUUGGUUCUUCUUCGAGGAGACAAUCUAAUGACUGGAAGAGCACAUCAUUCAAGGAGCCCAGCGCACAUGUUGCUUCCGUCAGGAACAUUUUAGAGCACCAUGCGAGCUUUUUGAUGUCUGGGAAAGAACUUUCUAAACUUGUAGCAUUUGUUAAAGGGACUCAGUUUGAUCUUGUGGAUUUUCUUCAGAGGGAAAGACUUGGAUGUGCUCACCUGGACAGUUUUGCUUCUGGGCUUGAAUUAAUUGGCCAAAAGCUGCAAAUGGGAACACUCCAGAGUCGUUUAGAUGCUGAGUUCCUUCUUGCACAUAUGUGCUCUGUGAAAUUUAAGGAGUGGAUCGUAAUCCUCGCGACUCUCCUAAGGCGUAUGGAGGUACUUUUCGAUCUUUUCCGACAUGAUCCAAGACUAUGGAAAGCAUACAGUACAACUCUUCAGUCCCAUCCUGCAUUUGAUGAAUAUCUUGAUCUUCUCGAUCUGUUGGAGGAGAAGCUUUCUUCUGUCACAGAUGUUGAUGAGAAUCAGUUAUAAUUUUGCUUCCAAGUAUGAUUGAAGACCACCACCAGUGUGCUUGCAGAAAAUAUAUACAGGCUGCUCUUAUGGGCUGUUCAUGGCUGCCUUGCUGAGACAAACUGGCCUUUAAGCGAUUUCUUUCUUGGUAAUUUGAUAGAAGAAGAUAGGCAAAUGUAAUUUUGUAUCUGCCAUUCUUCUAAUGAAACUGUCAAAUUCUCUAUGAUUUGUUGCAAUCGCUUUGUAUUUACAAUUUUGUUGCAUUUUUUGUUACAAAUUGGGUAUUUUGGGAUCAUCAUUUAUCUCAUACAAACUAUUUUUGAUGGGUUUUGUGAGUCAUUUUCUUAGGUAUUAUGAAACUCAUCUUGGUUUUCCUCUUA